AUGACUGAUAGCGCGAGGAAACCCUUUCAAUUUUUGAAUCUCUCAAAGGACAUACGCCUUAUGGUAUACGAGGAGCUGAGCAUGAAAACGUACCGAGACAGGUUUCCUCUACGGGACAACCAAGAUUAUGUAACGCUGGUCAAUACAGUCAUCCCAGGUCUCUCAAUUCUCGCAACUAGCCGUCAGAUCAGAUCAGAAGCAUCCUCGAUCAUCUUGCCACGGCUGCGAGUGAUAUUGUGCUCGCCGCCAGUCAUUGUCAUCCAAGCUGAGCAUCUCAUCAGCUUAAUGGAUCUACACGACUGCUUCAGCUCUGUCUACGGCACCAAAUUCAUGGAGAAACUCAUAUCCUGCCUGUAUGAUCCGAGAGCACUGCCCAGAAUCAUGCGUUACCGAAGAGGCAAACUUUCGACUAGGCAGUUGCGGAGAAGACUUCGCCUACAGGAGCUCAUUGCAAUAGACGAUGAGGCAAGUCUCAAGGCGUUUGUGAGAUUCGCUCUUCGCGCUAUGAAAUAUCUAACAAGAAACACCGCCGAGACCCAUCACGAAUACCCGCCGCUUACGUUCGUGGUCGAAGUCCCAGAUACCUUCCAAGGAAUACCUGUCACAACCUCGACAUCCCUGAUGAAAAGCAUCUCGUAUAAAAUCUUCUCCCCGUUGAUUCCUACCCUGCCGCGAACGGUGACCAAUCACGCAGGCAUCUUGUGGCUGCUUCGCCGUUUCACGUUCCACAUCUCGCUAUCGUGCGAGCUGUGGCGCAUCGUUUCGCUCAUCGUGAAAGUGAGGCUACUGGACAAAGGACAUACCGGGUGGCGAAUUAGCGGAAGCAACGUUCAAAAAGCGAUUCUGCGUGGCCUGGAAGAAGCCAGGAGUAAUGUGCCGGGCAUAGUACGUUAUGGCGGAAGGGUUCCAAGGGAGACGGACGAGAUCUAA